AUGACCGCAAACAUUAAUAUAUAUUCACCAUUAAACAAGCAAAAUGUGUGGCCUCAAAGUAAUUGUACAAGUAACCUUCAAAAAUUUUAUCAAAACUUCAACCCAGAAAAUGCAGAGGAAAUUCAAUUUUCAUACGCAAGCAGCACCUCAGAGUCACCAACUAGCUGCGAUGAAUUUUCAUCAUACAACAAUGAUUUUGGAACGGAUACAUGCUUAAUGGUAUCGAAUGUCUUCAAUCACAAUCAAGAAAGCGGUGUUUUUCACAAUAAUUAUUGUAAUAUAACGCCUUGCAGAAAAUAUGUUGUUCCUGUGACAGCACAAUAUACAUCAAAUGCGCAGAUAAAGAGAACAAUAAAAAAGAGAGACAAGAGAAAGCGCACAGCAUUUACAACUGAACAGAUAAUCACAAUGGAGAAGAUUUUCAAAACAAGACCAUACAUUUGUCCAGAGGAGAGAAUAAAUUUAUCUGAAAAGUUGAAAAUAAGCGAAAAAUCAAUAAAAAUAUGGUUUCAAAAUCGCCGGAGAACAACAGAGAAAAGGGAUCAACCAUAUUCACCGGAUUCACCGAUAUCAGAAGAUAUGUCAGACACAAAAUUUGACCGUUUGUCAUAUCUGGAAAUGAUGAUUAACGAAAGAGUUGAUCAUUUUGGUAAUGUAGCCCUAGAUGAUGAAGUUAUGACAGAGUUAGUGAGCAUUAUAGAUGAAUAUAUACCCAAAGAGACACAGCUUGUGUUAGAAACUGAAGUACCUCAAGAGACUGAAAUUAAAAUGUAUGAACCAAUUUCACCCGUGAGUGUAUUAGACGACUUUUACUGA